UUGAAAAAAAAAUUAUUUUUAUUUAUAUAUGCUAUUAUGCGUAUAAUAAAAACAUUAUCUUAAUAAUAAUAAUAUUUAAUAAUACAAAUUUAAUUUAAGCGCACAGUGCGUUCGUGUGUGAUGACAGAAUUAGACCCUUACCACUACUAUGUAAUUUGAAUGAGGCCAAUCACCCAGCCACCAUCUCCGAAUGGAACAUAAUCAGGGUGAGUCAUGUCAUAAUGGAAUAAAUUGUUAGCUUUAUGCCUUUUUAAAUUAUCUUGCGCAUUCGUUUAAUAAGACCCUUAAAUAAUCCCUUUUGAAUCAUCGAGGUAUCGAAUAAACUAAAUAAUUUUUACUGUACAUCGAAACUUGUUGUACAAAUAUAAUUCUGUUGUACAAAUAUAAUUUAUAACUAUUAUGUUAAUUCUUUCAAGAUUAGUCAGACAUAUAACAUCAUGAAUUACGUCAGCUUUCAAAUAUUUUGUAACUGUCAAUAAAAAUAAUUUUAAUAAAUUUUCUUUAAAAAUAAAUUUUAAUUCUUAAAAAAAUACAAUUUAAAAAAAAUUUAAAAUGAGGACAAUAUCGGUGAAAAUAAAACAAAACUGAAGAUAAAAUAAGGUAGACAAACUUGUUAUCUAAAAAUAGCAAGAUUAUUCUUUGUUGAGCCAUAAUUAGGAAACCCCCAUUGAGAGAUAAACGAAUACAUUUUUAAUAUUGUUAGUCUAGGAUCGUUUUCCUCUUAAAUAAACGACAUGAGUUUUCUUAGUUUUUAUCAUAGUAUAUGUGAGAUACAUCUGAAUAAGCUUUUUAGGUAAUAUCUGACCUAAAUUUAAAUACUGUCCAGGCAUAUCUUUAAUUUCCACGGUCAUUAAAGGUAUAAAUACUCCUCAAAUAUGUCCAGUAUGCCAAGUUGAUAGUUUACCUUGUUGUCACAAAAAACCUACAAUUUUAAAAUGUUUUUAUUUUUUAAUGUUUUUAUUGUUAUUUUUAUAUUUGAAGCAUCAGCUGCAAACAUAAACGAAGUUCCAAAAAUCGUCGGUGGUUCUUUAGCAAAGGAUGGGCAAUAUCCCUAUCAAGCCUCACUUCGUUAUAGAAAUCGUCAUUUUUGUGGAGGAUCAGUAUUAAAUGAAAGAUGGAUACUGACAGCUGCUCACUGCUUAUCAAGUUUUAAUGAUACAGCAAUAACCGUCGUAUUGGGUACUAAUACUUUAGACAAAGGCGGUGAUGAUUAUCAAUCUGAAAAAAUAAUUGGCCAUCCAAAAUACAGUUCUAUAUUGAUCAGAAAUGAUAUUGGAUUGAUCAAGUUAGAUAAAAAUAUCGUUUUCGGAGAUAAAGUGAAGCCUAUUCAAUUACCCAGUGAAAACUUCAAUAAAAUAGAUUAUCCUGCUGUAUUAUCUGGUUGGGGAACCACUAGCUAUCCUGGACGAGUGCCAAAUGAAUUAUAUUACAUUCAAUUGAAUGUGAUCGAUCAAAAACAAUGUUUAAAUGUCAGUUUCCGUGUCACCAAUGACAAUAUCUGCACACUUAACAAGAGGGGUGAAGGCGCUUGUCAUUCCGUCGACGAAAACCGUGUCGAUGAAAGCGUAAUAGGUGAUUCUGGUGGACCCUUAGUUGCUGAUAAUGUACAAAUCGGAGUAGUAUCCUGGGGAACACCGUGUGCAAGAGGUCAACCGGAUGUCUUCACUCGCGUUUAUAGUUAUAUUGAUUGGAUCAAAGAUCACAUAGAAAAUAAGAGUUAGAGAUAUAAUUGAAUUUAAUUGAAUUACAUGAAUAUUAUAUGAUGGAUUACAUAUAUAUCUGCAAUCGUUAUUUCUGAAUAUAAUAUAAAAUAAAUCAUUUCAUUAAUUAAAAAUUAUUUAAUUUUUAAUUAUUUUAAACACUAUAUAUUUAUAAGAGAAAGAAAUAUAUUUAAAGAGAAAAAUAGUAGUUUAAGAAUCAUAAAAUGAAUCUUGAAAAGAGACUAAACAUAUGUAUUCCAAUUUAAUAAUCAAAGAAAUUACAUUAUAUUUAUAAAGCGUCAAUUUGUAAAAUAAUUUUUUUUUCCUUUUUGAUUUUAUUUUUAAUUUAUUAUUCUUAUUUUUUUAUGUUUUUUAAAUUGCAAUUUAUUUACAUACAAUUGUUAAGUUGUACAUGUUAUAUUCUACGCUUAUGCAGAUGCAUUUUAAGGUGACAUUAAUUUUACAUUUUGUAAUGAAUUAAUAUCAUGCAUAUCUAAUGUGUUGAAUUAAAUAGAACACUUAAAUACAUAUAUAUAAAAUAUUUAUUUGAGAAAGAAUAUGAUCUUUUAUAAAUAUAAUUUAAAUUAAAUGAACUAUUAUAUUUUAUGCAUAUCAUAUUAUAUUAUAUUUUAUGCAAUAUAUUAAUAAAUUCUAAUAUAAAUAAUAUUUUUCAAUUUUAAAUUUCGAUUCAAAAUACAUAUUUUUGUUUUCUUAUUUUUGUUAUCUUAUUUUUUAUUAUCAUAAAUGUAUAUAGUUUUAUAUAAAAAAAUAAUGGAUUUAACAAAUUUAAAAAAAAAUAAAGAUUAUUAAGAUUAUAAGGUUAUAUUCAACGAAAAUAAUUAUAAAAAUAAAAAUUUUAAUUUUAUAUAUUCAGUCUUCAAAAAAAUAUAAUUAAAUAUGUAAAAUUUUAUUAAAAUAAUUAUUUCUAUUAUUUCAAUUAUUUCAUUAUUUAUAUUUCAAUUAUUUAAUCGAUGAUAAUAAAAAAUAAAAGAAUAAGAAUUUAAUAUUAGAAUAGUAAAAAAUCUUCAAUUUCGGCCAAAUCGAAUGACCUGAUUUUAAUAGCGCAUGCUUGAACUAUAUAUGUAUUAAAAAUCAUUUUAGAAGUAAAAAAAAUACUAUACAUAAUAACAUUUUUAAAUGUAAAUCUUAUAUAUCUAUAAGAUGUUAACUAAUAACUGUUUCUCUAAUAAUUUUACAAAAUAUUAAUUUUAAAUUAAAUAUUGGUCAAAAAUUAUAUAAUGGAAUAAUAAAACAAUCAAAAUAAUAAAAUUUUUUUGCAAACAAAAUCUAACAAAUAUUACGAUAGCUUUAGAAAUUCUUUUGACUACACCACUGGUAGCACUUAUUCAAAGAUUGCCAACAUCGAGGCCAAGGAUGCGCACUACUACCCCGAUCUCGUCAAUGUUUACAAAACAUAUAUUCUAUAUCAAAUUGCCAAUAUUUAAAUUGUAUAAAACUUAAAAUUGAUAUAAUAUUGAUAUAGUAAUUUUUUUCAAACUAUGAUAAAUAAUAAUCCUAAUUUUAAUUCAAAAUAAGAAAGAAAACUCUACAAUGUAUAUAACUAAUGUCCAUUUGUCAUAUGUAUGACCCAAAUCACAGUGCGCAUGCGCAAUUGAGUAAGGACAGUUUAGAGGAUGUACUUUCAUCCCCUGUUUUUUGUAUUUCGCGAUUUCUCAGUGCCAUGUCUAUUCGUAUCAUUUUCUGAGAAAACGUGGUGUGAAAGACGAGAAUCGGUGGCCAUGCCACCUGCUGGAGCUUAAUGUACAUUAUCUGAAAUCAAUAUCGCUAUCCUUAUCUUUCGUCUUAUGAACAACGUCAUUCUAGUAGUUUGCACUAGAGAAAUACGAGCGCGGUAGAAACUGUACUCGGGGGAUUGUGUUAAGAGUGGUUAAACCUUCGGUGUUUGUAGUGAGAAAAAUAAUGAAUGCCGAUCUAUCAUUAUUAUUAAAUUUUUAUCAAAUAAAAAUAUAGUUACUAUGAAUUUGUUCCAUUCAGAUAUUGUUAAUAAAAUAAUUUAAUAACUAAAUGUGAAAAAAAUAUCGUGUGUACAAAAUACAAUUUGUAUGUGUGACACGAUUGCCAAAAUUGCAAAAUUGAGCAUAAAAAGAUUAAUAUAUUGGUAUAAUCUAUUUGUUCAAUAUAAUAUAGAAAACGAUGCAACACUAAUACCGUUUUGGCUCAUGUAUUGGGGAUGUAUUAAUAUUCAUCAAUUUUAUUGUUUAGAAGUAUGACAACGAAUAUUAAAUAAAAUCUAUAAACGUAUAUGUUUAUGUUAAUGCUUUUAUAUCCUGAUGUUAUAAAGUUCUUUUAAAGUAAAAAAUAUAUAAAUGUUUUAAAAAUAUAUAAAUAAAGUAAAAAAUAUAUAAAUGACUAUAUUUCGGCAUUUUUCAUUUGUGAUAAAAGAUCAGACGUUCAGUAUUUGAACAUAGGCUCAUUGGAAAAUGCUGUUGUAAACAGUCAUAUAAUAUUGAAGAUCUUGCUACACUUAAAUUGCUGUAUCAUGGUGCUUUGUUAGUGUGCAUAUCACGCCUGUGUAAGAUCCUUGGGACGCCAUAAAUAAUAUAUCGCGCCAAUACAUUGCUUGUAUAAAAAUAACUUAUCAUCUGAGUUUAUCAAAGGAAGCUUCAUGAGCUGCUGUCCAUUCAUGUAAGUAUGUGACAAACUUUUUUAAGAAAUGUGUAUACCUUUAUAGUAUAAAAAUUUAUAUAGUUUACAUGAUAGUAUGUGAUUCGUAUUUUUAAGGGUUGAUAAAAAUGAAGAUAAAAAUAUGUAUUAAUGCUUUGUUUUAAAAUAUUAUAUAAAAAUAAAUUCAUUUUUUAUUUAAAUAAAAAUAUGAAAAUGUUUAUAAAAUAUAAUAUAAUUAUUAUAAAAAACUAAAAAAAGAAUAUAAAAUAUUUUCAAAAACAAAUUUAAAUAUAUACAUAGUAAACAUAAAUAAAUUAUAAAUAAAUAUAAAUUGAUAUAAAUUUAAAUAUUUAUUUUGUAUUAAUUUUUGUAAAAAUUAAUAAAUAUAUAUGAUAAAUAGAAAUCAGAUUUAAUUUUUUGGAAAAAUUGAUAAUAUUAAUAAAAUUUUUAUUUUUUCAUUUUUCAUUUUUUAAUUAUAUAUUUUCUGUGACUUUCAUUAAAAAUGUAAUUAUUUUUUUCAAUAAAACAAAUUUCUAAUCAGAUAUAAUAAUCAUAUAUGACUGAAUUCAUGAGCACUUAAAAACUAUAUUAUAAAGUGAAUGUAAUGCUGCAUAUAGAUGAGAGUUUAUAAAAACAUGAAAUUCGUGACUGUAGAAAACGUACAGCUGUUGAGAGCCGGCUGUAGCAAGUGCACGUAAGUAAAGCAUCAGAUGCUACACCUUUUAAUGGGCGACUGCGCAGUAGACAAUUCAGUCGACUAUGUAACCGUGUACCUCGCACAAGCAUACCAGGCAUUUCUCCGUCUUUGUAUAGUAUAUCUGUCGUUGGUGUUGUACGUCUCCUUACCCUUCAGGAGACGCGUGUAUCUCUCUUUCUUUAUCAUCGCUUUCUCCUUUAUAUUUCUUCUCACUCUUGUGGUAAACGCUUGAUGGUGCGCCAAUACUCAGGGACGUAUUAUAUUGCGCACAAUAUUUAACUAAUGCUUUAACUUAAUAUUUUUUAACAAAAUAACUUCAUUUUACUCUUGCAUUAUAAACGCUAUGCUUAUUUGUCCUACGUUAAUUAUAAAAAUUUAUAUAUAAAAAUAACGCAUUUGUCAAUGUUAUCUACUUAUCAUAUUCUUCAUAAAAAUGCGCUUAUCUAUUCAGUUCAAUUCUAAAUAGGAAAUUGUUUUUAUCAUAAUGAUGCAGAUGAAUUAAUUAUUGAAAUUGUAGUUUUUAUUUUGUAUAAGAAUAGUAUUAUAUUGGUUGAAGACACUUUCGCAGAAACAUAAAUGAAGAAAGGAAAAAACACAUCUUGGUAGAUCGUAGCCGCGGGCACCCGCAUAAUAUACUUAUCAUUUCGUCCCUGGUAGUGGUGCCGGCUGUGGAUGCAGGCGAGAACGUGCGCAGCUGUAAAACGUGAGUCGCUGCGCUCCGCAGCUGAUGCGGUUCGUUGUUGUCCGUGUCUGUAUUUGUUUGGAAAAAUGCGACAGAAGAGCAACGAAUUUCGACAGUGUUUUUGCUAUCAUCUCAAGGGGGUAGGCACGUAUGUGAUUCCGCUGAUAUAUUGCAAGUGAUAGUGACAUAUAUAAUAAACAUUUAAAAUGAUACUAAAAAUUUGCAAAAACAAACAAUUUUAAAAGUGAAAUAAAAAUAAAUUUGAAGUUUAACAAAA